CUCAUCCUCCUCGCAAUGCUGCCGCUUUGCAAAAUGUGUUCCUUGUCAUGGAAGGCCAUGGCGAUGGCUGCAAUCCUAGCUCAUGUGUGCUCCCCCAGCGAGUUGGAGCACCAAGACAAGAUCAGCAAGCUGCCUGGCCAGCCUCAAGUUACCUUCCAGCAAUUCUCAGGUUAUGUCACGGUGGAUCAGCAGAAGAAAAGGGCUCUUUUCUACUACUUUGCUGAAGCAGAGAUGGAUCCCUCCUCCACAAAACCCCUUGUUAUCUGGUUGAAUGGAGGGCCUGGUUGUUCUUCCCUUGGUGUUGGGGCAUUCUCUGAGAACGGACCUUUUAGGCCUAGUGGAGAAGUGCUGGUCAGAAAUGAGUAUAGCUGGAACAAAGAGGCAAAUAUGUUGUACCUAGAGGCCCCAGCUGGUGUUGGAUUCUCAUACUCCACUGAUUCUUCCUACUAUCAGACCGUGGAUGAUAAGAUGACAGCCAGAGAUAAUUUGAUAUUUCUGCAACACUGGUUCGAGAAGUUCCCGCGAUAUCGAAACCGGGAUUUGUACAUUACUGGAGAAAGUUAUGCAGGGCAUUACGUUCCACAACUAGCACAGCUCAUGGUGGAAUUUAACAAGGAGGCAAAGAUCUUCAAUCUCAAAGGAAUUGCUAUUGGAAAUCCAGUUUUGGACUUUGCAACCGACUUCAAUUCAAGAGCAGAAUUUUUCUGGUCCCAUGGAUUGAUAUCAGACAUAACCUACAGAAUCUUCACUUCUGCUUGUAACUACUCGCGAUACGUGGGCGAGUACUAUAGGGGCACUCUCAGCCCAGUUUGUGCAAGAGUGAUGAGCCAAGUGACAAGAGAAACUAGUCGGUUUGUCGACAAGUACGACGUCACCCUGGACGUCUGCAUAUCAUCAGUUCUUUCACAAUCCUUGGUUCUGAGUCCUCGACAAGUCCCUGAGAACAUUGAUGUGUGCAUUGAAGAUGAGACAGUGAGGUACCUGAUCAACAGGAAAGAUGUUCAAGAUGCUCUUCAUGCUCGCCUCGCCGGAGUCACGAAAUGGACUGUUUGCAGCAGUGUUAUACAGUAUGAGCCGCUCGACUUGGAGAUCCCCACAAUUACUCUUGUGGGCUCUCUUGUGAGGACAGGGAUACCGGUGCUCGUCUACAGUGGCGAUCAGGACUCUGUCAUCCCUUUGACAGGGAGUAGAAGCCUUGUGCAGAAACUAGCGAACGAAAUGGGCCUGAAAACUACAAUUCCCUACCGGGUUUGGUUCGAGGGGCGACAGGUAGGUGGAUGGACGCAAGCAUACGGAGAUAUCCUAUCAUUUGCAACGAUAAGAGGAGCUUCUCAUGAAGCACCAUUCUCGCAGCCAGAGCGUUCCCUUGUGCUCUUCAGAUCCUUCCUACAAGGCCGGUCGCUGCCAGAGACUUUCUCCGAGAUUCCCUGAGAGUCAGUGAGAGUGAGUUGAAUGUGUGUAGAUGUAUUUCUGACGAGAGUUUAGCAUCCAUUCCCUAGUUCUCAAUGUGCUUUAACUGACUUGGAGUUGGGGAAGUAGUCUACAUUAGGCAGAUCUUCUAUGUUUGAUGACCAAUAAAGAGAAAACUACCGAGUGAUAA